AGUGAAUCGGUAAAUGCGUUACAAGACAUUCAGUUUUGAUAAUUGUACGAGUAUAAAUAGCCUACCUUGCCUACUGCCACUGACCAUUAAACACGAACAUAUUAUUAUCACGACGAUCACUCAAACUCUAGGUUUGGACUUGUUCAACCUUUCAGAAUGGACAUCGCUUUAGCGUUGGAGAUCGAGCAGGUCUCGCGUCAGAAGGCGCUGGAGGAGGAAGCGCUCCGUGGCGAGUCGGCUGUGCGGCAGUUCUACGCGGGAACCACAGCGCUGAUCACUGGAGGGACGGGCUUCAUCGGGAAACAAUUCAUAGAGAAGCUUCUAAGAUCAUGUGACGUUAAGCGGAUUUACAUACUGAUGAGGUCGAAAAAAGGGAAAUCAAUGUCAGAAAGACUGCAGUCACAAUUAAACGAGCCAGUAUACGACAAUUUACGAUCUCAACAACCAGAUUUCGCUCGGAAAGUGAUACCGGUCGAAGGCGACAUCUCAGAACUAGGGGUCGGCCUGAAAGAUGAAGAUAGGAUGAAGCUUGCGCAAGAGGUGAAUGUGAUAUUCCAUGUGGCUGCCACGACCAGGUUCGAAGAGCCACUGAAGAAGGCCACAUUCGUCAACGUCAGAGGAACAAGGGAGAUCCUAGAACUGGCCAAAUGCUGCAAAGAUCUAAGGUCCUUCGUACACGUGUCAACUGCGUUCUCUAAUGCAACCAAGAGUAGAAUAAAUCACGAUUUGGAAGAGAAAAUCUAUGAAAGCCCUGUCCCUCCAGAAGUCAUGAUACAGCUCGCGGAGACAGUCGAAGAAUGCAGACUCAACGCGAUCACUGCUGAUUUGAUAAGGGACUGGCCCAACACGUACUGCUUCACGAAGGCCAUAGCUGAGGAUGUCGUGCGUACAAUGGGCAAGGAUUUACCUGUGGCCAUAGUGAGGCCACCCGUAGUUGUCUGCACGCUCAAUGAACCCACACCUGGAUGGCUGGAUAUGAGCUCGGUGAUUGGUCCAAGCGGGAUAUUUUUGACAUUAAUGCUAGGCGUUAUGCACGUAAUUUUAAGGAGUGAUGUUAGCAUUCCAAUAAUGCCCGUGGAUUACGUCAACAAUGCGGUAAUAGCAACAGCAUCGUAUACCAAUAAACGUUACAAUAAGAAUGAAAAAGGAAUUAAAGUUUAUAAUAUAAGCUGUUCUGGGAGCAAAAUUGAAACAUCUUUUGUGUCUGAUUUCCUGAACAAUCCUAACACACAACAGUACGCUACGCCGAAAGCCGUUUGGUACUGUUAUGGUUUUGAGACCAGUAGUGAUGUUGUAUUUUGGUUGUUAACAUGGCUACUGCAUUAUAUACCUGCGUAUGUAGCCGACUUCGUGUUUAAUGUGACCUCCAUGAAGCGUCCUGAGGGCAUAAAGUCAUUCGUUAAAAUGUAUGAAAAGAUAUACAACAUGUCUUUGUUGUACGGCUAUUUCCUGAGGAACCAGUGGAAUCUUGUCGAUGACAACACCGUGGCCAUGUUGAACCAAAUGUCAAAAACGGACAGGAUAUUGUUCAAUUUUGAUGUUGCGAAGAUCGAUUGGUCGCACUAUAUGUCGAUAUGGUUGAUAGGCAUAAGAAAGUUCAUCAUUAAAGACGGCCUCAAAGACAGCGAAUAUGGUAGGAAGAAACAGAGCUGGUUGAAGAUAGCUAAUUUAUGUUAUCAUGGACUAUUUUUUGGAGUCGUCAUUUUUUUUGUGUACAUUUGCUGUGCAAUAUUCAUGUAUGUGUUUCGAUCAUAUGAGCAUGCAGUAUAGACUUAUUUAAAGUGCAUCAUGUGAAAUAUAGUAAUAUAAAGUACUUACUUUUUUGUAAUGUAGAUGGUGAAGGUUUGAAGAUGCAGUUACCAGGAAUAUUGGUACUAAAUUGCCACUCCUAUAUUGUUUGUUAUCUUUUAUCUAUCUAUUUGUACGUGGUUAAUAAAUAAGAAUCAAUAUCUAUUGCUUCUAGAAAUUUUAAUAUUUUAGGUUAUUACUUCUAGAAAUUUUAAUAUUUUAUUUUUAUAUAGUAGUAUUUUAUUCAGUGUACGUACUAAUCAUGGGAGUAGUAUGUUUGCAUUCCAAUAAAUACAGGUCGGAUAAAAGUUUUUAUUUAGUUAUUUAAAAGUUAAAAGUUGCAGUAAAUAAUUUUACUGUACUAUUUGUAUUUUUGCUUCACAAUGCAAAAUGUCAUAUUUCACGAACAACAGAAUAAAUAGUUUCUUGCAACA